AUGUCAUCAAAAGAAGAAUACCGUACGGUAUUAGAAACAAUAUAUCCUUGUCAAUCAAUAAAUGCAAUACAAACUAACAUAUAUUUCCGUAAAAGGACAUCAAGUAUAACUGAGAUGAAAGGAAAUUUUACAUUGCUGGUACCUUUUGACGAUAGUCUUACAAUUAAUAUAAACUUGGCAUCUUGGAGUUUAACUGGUGGUUGGAAACCAAAUUUAGCGGUAUUCAUAGCAAUAAAUGCAUGUAGUAGUUUGAAAACGGUCCUUGGAAACGUGUGGUAUUCAUUAAUGAAGGCUUUUAACUUUCCUAAAACUAGCUGUCCACUAUUACCGAUAAUUUAUAAAAAUAAUGAUUUAAGCACAUAUAUUACAUCAGGAAUAGAUUUAAAGGAAUUUGAAGACCAUCAUAACUUUCCAAAGGUGUAUUUUUAUGGGAAACAUAAAGUAUUGUAUAAGACGAAAAAUAUAGAAAAUAAAGUAUUAGGUUGCUUUGUAUUAGAAUUGAGUCUUAUAUGUCCGCGAGAAUACCCAAUUUAA